AUGGAAGGGGUUGAGACUGUGGAUGUGAGCUGGCUCCAUCAUUCGCAGAAAGACCACCUAUCCCGCUGCAAAUCGGCUUCUUCCCAAAUCAGUGAUAGAUCGAGCGCUGAUGCAGAAUCUACCGCCGCGCAGCCAUGCAGAGCAGAGCGCUCUACUUCCUCUAAUACAAACACCUCCCCACCCCCGCAAGAACCUGUCCCUCCUGCAUCUGAGGCUCCGAAAGAUGCCAAGAACGUUGGAAGCCGAGCUGCGACAGAAAUCGGAAGCGACGAAGACGACAAAGCGGCGGAGACCAGGGCUGUUGAACAGUCUCAGACACCCCAGAGAAGCACACCACGCUCGAUCACAGGAAGAAGGAAUUCAUGGAUUUCUAGUAUAAGUUCCAAGUUCUCUUCAGGUUCUACUCCUCCCUCACAAUCCUCCAUGAAGUCGCCAAGUCCCAAGGCCACCUCGCCUAUGUCGAAGCUCGAUAUGCCGAACCCCUUCGGAGCAGCCUAUUCUCUCAAGGACAAGGAGGAAGAGAGUAGAGACGAACACACUCCGCUUGUCUCUACGUCGCCAAAGGGGCCUUCUUUUCUCCAGAGCGCCUUCCGAAAGUUUUCCUCUUCUGGAAAAGUGGUACCGAACGGGGGCAUCUGUGAGCGCCGGGUGAUGAACAUUGAUCAUGACAGGGACAGGUGUAAGAUUCCGGACCUCGACCAAAAGAAAUUGAGGCGUGUUGCUUUCUGUGUAGACGUUGAAAUCGCUGGGAUAUCUCGCCGGGAAUCAGACGAGGAAAGUCCCACUGGUGCAAGCAACCAGAAAGUCAAAAGGUUGAACUCAAAGUCUAAAGACAGGGACGAUCCCAAACGACCACAACCUGAUGUUGCUGAAAAGGAGAAAAGACGCCAGGAGAAUGGUACUUCUCGGCAGCAUCCUGGGCCGUUGGAGACGCCAUCCGGUGAGGCCAAACCCAAUGGUGAAACUAAGGAGCCGACAAGAAAGCAAGAAAAGAAGAAGCGCUCAGAGGAGGAGAGGAGGGAACGGAAGGAGCGGAAACGAAGGCAGGCCGAGGCGAACGGGACUGUACCCCUGCAGCUGCGGGCUGAAGAUCACGAGGACGAUGCUCGACCUGCUGUUCCUGGAACUCCUCGAUCCAAAACACAAAGCCACCCGACGACGGACCCUGUGCGUAUUUAUCGCCGCUGUUGUCAGCUGCGUGAAACACCUGUGCUUAAGAAGAUCGUCGAUGAGAUAUCCUCGCCUUCGUCGACACUAGCGGAGUCACCAGGCACUGUCGCCGUGCUUGACCUUACCAACUUCCCCAUGACCUCGCAAGACAUGGCCACGUUCUGCGACUGGCUCGCUAUUGUGCCCGUCCGAAGGCUUAUCCUUGAAAAAUGCGCGCUGAACGACGCCUCGGUCAGGGCUAUUCUGGCCGCUUUGCUCGCUACCAAGACCAUUGAACAGAUGAGACAAAGGCGCAGAAGAGCUAAGAAAUCUGACAUACACCAGCUGGGAAAGGAAGAUAGAUUCUGUGUUGUGGAGAAGCUGUCUCUGAAAGAUAACCCCAGGAUUGGCCCGGAGGGUUGGCGUCAUAUCAGCCUUUUCGUCCAUCUCGCAAAGUCGUUGAAAGCUAUAGACCUGUCCGGCAUCCCGCUCCCCAGAAUGCCCCUUUCAGCAAAUGACUUUUCUGUACCGUUGUCAACGUCUCCAAAUCCCUUGAAGCCCGUCACUGAUGUGACGACCAUCUUUGCUAAUUCACUUGCUGAGCGUUUUGGCGGAGACCAUCUCGAAGAGCUGUUACUCAGCGAGUGUAAUCCCACGACGGAAGAUGUGAAGAGAAUUUGUGAAGCUGCAACGGCGCUUGGGUUGAGAAGGCUGGGUUUUGCAAAUAACAAGCUUACCAGAGAGGGAUUGGAACACGUUGUUCGCUAUCUGGAAGCCGGGAAGUGUGAAGGUCUCGAUCUGGGUGGAAACCCUAUUCGUGAUCAUUUGGACUUGAUCACUACCGCUCUUGAAGGGGAGUUCCCGCUCUAUGCCCUCAGUCUUGCGGAUUGUUCCUUGACCCCGUCUGUCAUUCAUCCUCUUCUUCAGCGCCUGACAUGUCUCUAUAAUCUCCGAUUCAUCGACUUCUCUCAUAACCCGGAUCUCUUCUCCAGCAAGCCUGAUGCUUUGGCGACUUUCAGGCGGUUCCUUCCUAAGAUGAAAUCACUCAAACGCAUUCAUCUGGCCGACGUCAAUCUUUCAGCAGACCAUGCCAUCGCUCUCGCCGAGAUUCUUCCUGAGUGCCCCAGUCUCUGCCAUCUCAACAUUCUGGAGAACCCUGCAAUCGCAAAACUAGCCGUUGCGACAGACCCUGCCACCCAGGAAGAGGCUUGUGCCGUUUAUGCUUCCUUAAUGGCGGCAGUGCGCGUGUCUCGAAACAUAAUUGCAGUGGAUAUUGAAGUACCAAGUGCGGAAAACAAUGAAGUCGUCAAAGCCCUUGCUUCCCAGAUCGUGGCCUAUUGUCUCCGAAAUCUGGAACGAGGUGCCAUUGAAGAAGAACUCUCAGAUCCAGCGGAUCCUUCAUCUGCCCGUGCCACUGUUCCUGUACCUGAAAUUCUACAGCACAUUGUCGGCCAUGGUGGCGUUGGCGACUACAUCUGUGAAGACGAGGAUGAGCCUACUCCUGACGAGGACUAUGUUAUCGGAGGCACGGGCGUUGUCAAGGCCUUGGAAGUCUGUUUAGGCACUCUGCACCAUCGUGAUAUGCUCGGGGACCAAUCCGGGCCCCCCAGCGGUACAACUACACCUAGGCAUAGGAAGUCAAGGUCAUUUGUUCCUCAAAGACCGCGCGAUAUGUCCAAGAAUUUGCUUGAAUCAGCUCGCAACAUCCGCACCCGGAUCCAGUCGGCUCUUGUUCGUGAGGAUCGAGCCGGCAAUGACGCGAACUAUCGCCGACUUCAGUUCCUUGACUUUACAUUGCAUAGGAUGAUUCAGCGCUUUGAGGACGAGUACCCGGAGACUCGCGUUAAGCCACCCUCUGUCGUAUCUGCCCUUCAAGAGACUAGCUCACAAAUCUCUGGUGAUGAUGCGGCGGCCGCGCCCGCCGGCAGUGGUCAACUGUUCGGCAUGAAUAUCGACGAGAACGCUGUUGAUGAUGAUGAUACCGACCAGUACGCCGUUCGUCUCUCGCGUACUAGCUCAAUUACCUCCCUGCAUGCGCGCGCGAUGACUUCGGAAGAAGGUCACGUUCAUCGUCUUGGCCAGAAUCUCCGCCGUGAUUUCCUUAGUCCCUCUAUGAACCAAGGCGAUGGCCACCCUUCAUCGGCUUCCCUUGAUGAAUCUCACUUGGAAGCUCUGCGAAACAAGCUUGACCGCUUGCACGAGGAGCAAACUCGCUCUCAUUUCGAGGGCGCAAAUGCCGACAAGGCGUUCGAAGAAAUGGGCUCUGUCGUUGAAGAACUGUGGGCUAUGGAGAAACAGGAUACGGCGGCAUUUGAGCAAUGGCGACAAACUCAGAUUGCCGCUCAAAUCAAUAGUGGCAAGCAGACUGCAUCCCCGAAGCCCAAUGGUGCUAUCAAAGAACAACUGGAGGUGAACCAGAAGCCGUCUUAA